AUGUUUUCCAAAAUCGUAGCUUUCGGAGCAUUCUUGGCCGCUGCCAGCGCCAACUUAUAUGGUCACGGUCACGGCCAUGCCGUGUCAUCUCAAAGCAUCGUCCGUCACGACCAACCUAUACACUACGCUCCACAAGUCUCCCAUUACUCUUCUUCCGUAGCACACUAUGCCGCUCCCGUCGCCCACUACGCUGCCCCUAUUGCCCACUAUGCUGCCCCUGUAGCUCAGUACGACGGUCAUGACUCAUACGCUCACCCGAAAUACGAUUUCUCCUACUCCGUUUCCGACCCUCACACCGGUGACCACAAGUCUCAGCACGAAAGCCGCGACGGUGACUCCGUCCAUGGCUACUACUCUCUGGCGCAACCUGAUGGCUCUGUCCGCAAGGUCGAGUACAGGGCGGAUGCUCACAGCGGAUUCAAUGCCGUUGUACACAACUCCGCUCCCUCAGUACAUCCUCAAAGCUACGGACACGGCUACCAUUAUUGA